CUGCCUGUUUGAUCUGCCCUGCUUCUGUCUUGCCUUCAAAGUCUUCUGCGGCUCCUUUGGCCCAAGGCCAGAUUCCAUGCUGCUCAGCCUGACCACCUGACCUUGGAUUUGAUCCCUCCCUGGCCUUCCUGUCCUGACAGCUGUCCCUACUCAGAACUCUUUUUCAGAGGCCUAAUGGAUCACAGCCAGGGACAAAGUGGAGCCUCAGUGCUCUGGGUCUUAGCCCAGAGGGCAGGCUUCCUGGAAGAAUGGAGCAGAGGCUCCUGACUGCUUCCUGUCCAGGGUUGGGAGAAGAAAAGCAGCAGAUAACCUCAUCCCAGAUUCUGGAGCUGUCUCAGCUCCACUGCCAUCCCGGGCUCCUGGUUCUCCAGGGGCCAGGACAAUUGGCUUGGAUAAGCCUCAUCUUUCUAGCCCUGCCCCCGCUAACAAUUUGCUUGAAUUGAAAUAGGCGUUUUGUUAAUGGUCAUUAAGGCAUUAAAGUAGGGUGAGGAAUUGAAAAAAAUAAUCUUAUUCCUCAUCUAUGGCUCCUGUUGAUGAGCCAUUCAUGCUUUAUCCCUGUAGGCUGAGGCAUCUUCAUAACUCCUGGAAAACACACUUCUGGGGCUAAUGGUAUAUAGGAGGAAUGUGUUUUGCCAGCAGGAUUCAGUGCCUGUUUACAGAUGCUCAGGUGCUUCUGGCUCCUUGCCAGGUGUGGAUAGGCAAUACAAAUCAAACAAGAGGAUUGAUCCCUCCCCAGUCCAGUGAGGAGAGCAUCAUCACAUGGACUGGAUUCUGAGACUGAAUGGCUGUUGCCUGGCAAGAGAAUAAGGCCUUGUGAGGGUUGUUGGACUUGGGACAGAUGAGUGUUGAUGAAUGAGAGAAGGGAACAGACCCUAACUCACACCUGCCCAAAGAUAUGGGGAUAUUAGACAAGGAGCCAAAUAGAGAACCCUGAGAAGGAAGGAGCCUCUGGAAGGGAAGAUGCGCCCCAGAGCUGGCCCUCCUGCCUCUGUCAUGGCCUCAUCAGUUUCCUGGGGUUCUUGCUGCUGCUGGUCACCUUCCCCAUUUCCGGCUGGUUUGCCCUGAAGAUCGUGCCCACCUACGAGCGGAUGAUUGUGUUCCGCCUGGGCCGGAUCCGCACCCCCCAGGGACCUGGCAUGGUGCUGCUGUUGCCCUUCAUUGACUCCUUUCAGAGGGUGGAUCUGAGGACUCGAGCCUUCAGCAUCCCUCCCUGCAAGCUGGCUUCUAAGGAUGGGGCUGUGCUGUCCGUGGGAGCCGAUGUCCAGUUUCGCAUCUGGGACCCGGUGCUGUCAGUGAUGACUGUGAAAGACUUGAAUACAGCCACACGCAUGACGGCACAGAACGCCAUGACCAAGGCCCUGCUCAAGAGGCUGCUGCGGGAGAUCCAGAUGGAGAAGCUCAAGAUCAGCGAGCAGCUUCUGCUGGAGAUCAACGAUGUGACCAGGGCCUGGGGGCUGGAGGUGGACCGCGUGGAGCUGGCAGUGGAGGCCGUGCUGCAGCCGCCCCAGGACAGCCCAGCCGGGCCCAACCUGGACAGCACCCUCCAGCAGCUGGCCCUGCACUUCCUGGGAGGAGGCAUGAACUCAGUGGCAGGAGGUACCCCAUCCCCGGGGCCAGCAGACACCAUGGAGAUGGUGAGUGAAGUUGAGCCGCCUGCCCCUCGAGCUGGUGCUGGGCCCAGUCUGAAGCAGCCUGUGGCGGAGGGGCUGCUGACUGCUCUACAGCCCUUCCUGUCCGAGGCCCUGGUCAGCCAAGUCGGGGCCUGCUACCAGUUCAAUGUCGUCCUGCCCAGCGGCACCCACAGCGCCUACUUCCUGGACCUCACUACAGGACGAGGAAGGGUGGGACACGGGGUGCCUGAUGGCAUCCCUGAUGUGGUGGUGGAGUUGGCUGAGGCAGACCUACAGGCCCUGCUUUGCAGGGAGCUGCGGCCCCUGGGGGCCUACAUGAGUGGACGGCUGAAGGUGAAGGGCGACCUGGCGGUGGCCAUGAAGCUGGAGGCUGUGCUCAGGGCCCUGAAGUAGCAGUCUUGGCUGACUUUCCAUAGACCAGUCCCAAGCCUGACACCAAGCCCAAGGGGCCUCUUGGAGAUGUUCAUCUGGACCACGGAGAGUUGAGGCCCAGCCAAGAGCCCAGGGAUGGAGGCUGGGGGAGGCUGAAGGCUGAGGGAGGCUGAGUCCAGCUGCCCUGCACAUCUGACCUACAGUGGUUCUCUGGACAAGCCUUUGCCCAUCCUGGUCCCCGGCUGAGUGCCCAGCCCUGAGCUGGGUGCAUGGUGUGAUGCCAGGAGAGCCAGACCACCCUGCCCUGCCCUGCCCUGCUGGCUCCCUGACUGGAGAGGCAGGACCCACAGAAACAGCCUGACAGCAGCUGAUCUGGUCCUUGUGUAAGGGACCAAGCAUGUGGCCCAGGCUCUAAGCUCUGGGGGAAUUAGAGAGGGAGGGGAACGGGAGGGAAGGCCGGUGGAGGUCACUGCGGUGGAGUUAUCUGGGUAUCCUGGCCAGCCCACCUUCCUGGCUGCAGUCCAGGGCCAGGCUAGUGGGAGUGGGCACAGGAAGGAGCAGGGCCUGCUAUUCCCCUGGCACUGCUCCCAAAGACAUCUGACUCAUAGGCCAGCUCCGUCCUGCAUGCCUGGUGAGCUGGGGCCCAGGGCAGCAUGAAGGAGAGCCCUGCGUUCUGUGCUUCUUACCAGAGGUUUGCAAGCCUCAGACAAAUAAAUGUGUUUACAAUGUA